AUGACAACAGACAAAGCUGUCUCAAAUAGAUCAUCGGAGUUGGAGAGUAUUUCAUUUGAAGUUCCGAAUUUGGUUUUCAAAAAGUCAUCCCUAACUGAAAACAUUCAAAUUGAAGAUACACUCGAAAAAGAGUCUUUGAAUGAGAUCACAAAGAAUGACCCUUCUGAGCCCAAUCCAUUUUCAGAUCCGUUCCUAGCUAAAUACUAUGGGGAUAUGUACGAAGAGACCAAGUACGAAUGUCGCUCAGCUUUUGAUCCUCACCUAAAGUGGACAUUGGAAGAGGAUAAGAGGCUCAUGCGAAAGGUUGAUUAUCGGGUUAUCCUAAGCGCUUGCAUAAUGUUUGUCUCGUUACAAAUCAACAGAGGAAAUUUACAAGAAGCGGUGGCGGAUAAUCUUUUAGAGGACAUGGACUUGGAUACAAACGAGUACAAUUUGGGGAAUACAGUAUUUUUAGUCGCCUUUUUAUUGGCAGAAGUACCAUCGCAAAUUAUCUCGAAGGCUCUAGGUCCAGAUAUAUUUAUCCCAAUUCAAAUGUGUGCCUGGUCUAUAGUCUCGAUGUGUCAAGGUGCCAUGCAUAAUAAGGCAGGCUUUUUGAUUUGCAGGGCACUUAUCGGAGCUUUUCAAGGCGGAUUCAUAGCAGAUAUGGUCUUAUGGCUUUCAUACUUCUACAAAUCUGGAGAGUUACCUCUUCGUUUGUCCUACUUCUGGACCGCAACUGCUCUCACAAAGAUUGCAACCUCACUUCUUGCUUAUGUUAUUUUACGUAUGAGAGGAAUUGGAGGAAUUACAGGUUGGCAAUGGCUUUUCAUUAUUGAAGGAGGGAUUGGCUUGGUGAUUGGAAUAUGGUCAUUUUACUUAAUGGUACCGUCCGCCGUUCAAACAAAAAAUAAGUUGCAUCCCAAAGGUUGGUUUACCGAGAGAGAAGAAAAAAUUGUUGUCAACAGAAUCCUUCGAGAUGACCCUUCUAAGGGAGGCAUGCACAACAGACAAGCCUUGACCUUUAGACAGAUUCUAGAUGCUUUCUGGGACUACAAUUUGUGGCCGAUAUAUGCCAUAGGGAUGCUUGCAUUCAUGCCAAUGAACACUGUACUGCCUUACAUGGUUUUGGCAAUGAAAAAUCUAGGGUUUAGCACCUUCGACGUUAAUUUGUUGACGAUACCAUCGCACAUUCUUCAGAUAGUGGGGUUGUUUUUCAUAACUUGGCUUUCUGAAAAGGUGAAUGAAAGAUCGUUGGUGUGUCUUAGUUUGCCACUUUUUAGUAUUCCAUUCUUAGCUGCCAUGAGAUGGUGGAGUGGCACCAUGGUGGAUGCAUGGGUAACGUGGUUUCUCGUGACGAUGGUCUUGUCAGCACCUUACAUCCAUGCUAUUUGCGUGGCUUGGGUUUCAAGGAAUUCCAAUUCCAUCAAGUCAAGGUCCGUUUGCUCUGCGCUUUACAAUAUGCUCGUUCAAUGUGGGCGAAUAGCAGCCUUUAAUAUCUAUCGAGAAGAUGAUUUGCCACUUUACAAGAGAGGGAAUAUGCAGCUUACUUUUAUUAUGAUAGCUUUGAUCCCGAUAAUCUUGAUGACAAAGGCAUACUACGUUUGGAAGAACAAACAGAAAAAAAAGAUCUGGAGCUCAAUGACCGUUGAAGAGCAACAAAAGUAUAUUUUGAAGACUCUGGAUAGUGGGAACAAGCGUCUUGAUUUCAUUUUUGAUCAUUGA